GCGGGAUGGGAGGGGGGAAGAUUAUAAGCGAGGUGAUGGUUGGAAGCACCUUAAAAAGGAGUCGCUUGUUUGAUGAAGAUUUUAAUAACGGUCUAAGUCAGUACUUCGACGUCCUUUUUUUCCCCCUCUCACAACAUGAACCGAAUAAUUCUCCAACUUUUGGCCGUGGGAGUCUGCUUCACCAUCGGCCAAGCUCUGCAGUGCUAUGAAUGCAAAGUGGGCUUUUGGACCUUGUGCAUAACCAAAAAAGUGACGUGUGCCGAAGGGGAGCAUUGCUUCAGUGGCACCGGGAAGGCCGCCGGCUUUGUGGACAUCUCCAUGAAGGGCUGCCUGGCAGUGGCCAAGUGCAACCGCACUGAGGAGGUCAACUUCCCCUCAGAUUCCAACACCACCUUUUACAAGAUGAAUAGGACGUGCUGCGACACCCACGACCUGUGCAACGCCGCGCCCGGCGCCUCGGGCCUGUCUUUGGCCCUCGCCACCAUCACCGCUGUGCUGAUGGCAAACGUGCUGGUGUGACACCCCCGCCACUAAAUAUCGCCGUGGCGACAUAAGCCAGCUUUUAUUUGUAUUCGAUGAUAUAACAAGUUUUUUUUCUGCAGUUUGUCGUUUUUACAUGAAUGCCUAAAUUGUCUACCCUUUCUCUGACAAUGACAGUAAAACUCUUAAAUGGCUUUACGUUCCUCAUAAAAUUGACCAUUUGUACGACUUGUUCUUAAAACCGCAUGACCGCAAAGGUUUAUCUGCAAAUCUUGCGGUAUUCUGAAUUGCACACCCUAAAUAUAAAGAUCUUGGAUUUUUAAGAUGGAUAACUUUCACUUUCUAUUCCUCAAACUGUUUGGAGAUGGACUUGUCUCAUUGUGGAUAUGCAAUGAAAACAUGGUGUGUUUGCACGUAUGAAAUAAAGGCUUCAAACCAG